GUUAAUUUGUUUGCAUUUUGGUGCAGGUGCACCUUCCUCUGGGUGCACGCGCCUGCACCAUCCGCGCGUUGUCCUUCACCUACUUUACUUUGUUUCUCUCCUAUUCUCGAUUCUCCUCAAAAAAAAAAAAAAAAAAAAUCCAAUUCUCAAAUUAAUUGAUAAAAUCCUCUUAGCUUUCAAAUUGUCACCGAAAUCGAAGGCUUGGAAGCUCCACUAUUAACUCACUCAUUUUAGCAAAGUUGGUGUUUGGGUUUCUAGCAAUAAAGAUAGAAGUUCAAUAAUUUGUUGCAAAAUCGUGAAAUUAGUUUAGAGUUUUGCUAUGUAACCUAUGCAAGAGAAUGAAGGUGCAGAUUUUUUUUCCCAUGUUUAAUUAGUUAAAAACGAGGUCGUACUGUUUUUCUGGGUUUGAAGAUAAAAAAGGAACUGGGAUUUCUGAGUUGUUGAUUACAUAUGACAUUGAACUCAUUGAUUGUGUUUGUGGGUUUGAGUUUUGAUAACGUCAUGGGAAAAUGUAAAGUAUUUAGGGAUGCACAGAAGGUGUUUGAUGAAAUGUUUGGGAUAAAUGUUGUUUCUUGGACUUGUAUCCCGUGUAUGCUUGAUGGGUAUGUUUACUUUGAGGACUUAUUAGUGCAGAAAGGGAUUCGAUGCAAUGCUGAAGAGAAAUCAGGUUUCAUGGAAUGCCAUGAAAAUGAACCAGAAGACAGAGACGAAGCAGAGAGCUCAAGGAGGAAGAAGGGAAAAUCAAAAGAGAAAGGAAGGAAGCAAAUGACGGAGACAUAAAUAUAUGGGGAAGAAAGGGGAGAGCUUAAACUAUAAUUGGUGACGUGGUAUAACCGUCAUAAAUAUCCGACCGUUUAUGUUUUGGCGCUUAAAAACACAAUUCAACUCUUUCCCCUGUUACUCUUCUCUGAUCAAACCCAAACACUAAAACAUUCAAGAACAAAUUCUCUCUCCUCUCCCUGUAACUCAACUCUGAUUAAACCGAAACACUAAAAUCUUUCAAGAUUGUGAUCGCCAUGGAUAACCGGAAGGGCAAGAACGAAGUAGAUGAAUACGAUCAAGAACAGCAUAAUGAAGAUGAAUCUGGUAAAAGAAUCAAAGGGCCAGAUGAGCCCCUCCGACAGAUAAGUACAGACUUAGUACUGGCAGUUCCAUGUAGUCAAAUUCAACGAUCUCAGAGACUAAGUGAUGAAGGUUCUGGAAGGAAGAGAACGAGGGAAACUGGUUCAAGUAGCCAGAGUCAAUUUCAUCAUCAGUUGGAAUCUGGUUCAGGUCAACAAGCCACUCAACCUGUAGACAACCUCACUCCGCCAGCAUGGUUGUGGGGUGACUAUAAUCAGUCGUUGGAGUCUAUUAUCAGAAACGCAAGGAACACUGCUUUAAGUGGCCAACGUCCGAAACCAAGUGAGAAUUCAUCCUUUUGGCUAAAUCCAUCGAUCUUUUCUCCCAUUCGAAAACUUUGAUACCUAAACAAGCCAAUUACAGAAUCAGGCAAAACACAAGAUCAAAGGACCAUGCUAAUACAGAUACUUCCCCAACUCAGUGAUCUUAUUGUAGCAGAUUAACUUUUUCAAUUUUGUAGCUCAACUUGCUGUUUUCUCUAGCUGAUUUCUAUAAGAAUCAUGCAGUGCAUGAUCUUCCUGAAUUUACUCUGCUAUCAAGCAGCUAUUAUUUGAAUUGUUUUUGUACAGAAUAAGGAACUUUAAUCAACCUUCCAACCAAUCAGUGGUUUUGUAGCUUUCAACCUAGUAGUGGUCAACAACAGCAGCUAGAAGUAGUUUCUAGAAAUAAUAACUUGCUCCUGUUAGGAGGGCCACUGCUCCAAGAUGUCUGAGGCCAAUUAUCAAUCCAUCUCAAGUAACUGGGUCUCAGCGAGUUUCUAAUAUUAAGAAAGCUGGUGCAAGUACAAGUCUAAUUCAUUCUGGUUCAGGUAUGCUUGAUACAGUCAAGUUUUUUGUGAUAGACUCAGUUUUCCCUUGCUUGCACUCACCAAGGACUGCCUUUAAUGGACAAAGUCGAAUCUCAUUCACCACACGAAACCUCCCCUUUAACGCCUUCUAUAAUUCUCGGGCAUCUUUAUAGUAUGAAAGGGUUAAUCAAGGGUAGGUUCGAUAGUAUAACCAGGCCACUAACAUAGAAUGCACAGUGUACCAAUUUUUCCUGCUUUACAUUAAACUCAAUUGUCAAAUAUAAUGCAGCCUAAAGAUAUAUUUUUGGCCAACAAAGAGGAUCUCUUCCACCUAAUAUUCUCCUAAACUCAUGUCUAUACACCUAAAUAAUAACAGAACAAUAUCACACAAAAUAAAUCUAUUUGCAAAAUAUUUCAUAUUUGGUAAAUAUCUUAAUAGUUCAUCUACAUAGUAUAUUUUGGAUGACUUCAUGGUAUCUGAGUUUGAGAAACUUAUUGCUUCAAUAAUAUUCCACCACUUUUCUCAAAGAAUUUCCCGCUCAUUUUCAUAUGCUUUCUCGUGGAUGUACAUGGUGAAACAUAUUCAACUAAGAUCUAAAGGUAAGCAGCUUGAUGCCGCUUAAGGGAGGUCUCGGGUUCGAGCCUCGCCGUAUGCAGAAACUCUUGUUGGAAGACUCACCCACCAUAAGCAAGGUGUGCGACACGGGUCGGAUCCGGAUGUAGUCGGAGCUAAGCUCCGGUGAACCGGGUGUGCUAUGCGUAAGAUCUAAAGGUAAGGAUCUAAAGGUUACAUAUGCACGACUGCAUCGUUAACCAGGAACACAACUAUAUCGAUUAUGGUAUCCUACUUUGACGGCAUCCUCAAGGUCGGUAGAGUUGAUAUUGUGUUGACAAGCAUAUGAAGACAUGUUUCUCAUUGCUUUCUUACAAGUUUCAUCUUCUCCAACCAACAAAUUUAAUAGUGUCAUCAAUUUCAGAACAUUGAAGCUAAACACAUCUCAUGAUAUGUAUUUUACAUUACAUGUAUUAAACAUAUUCAUCAAAACAAGUAUAUUAAAACUUAAUAACACAAUUGGGCUGCAAACGAGCCGAGGCAGUUUGAAUUUUA